AUGGAGGAAUCCACCCCCGAUGCCUUCGCCGACCGCGAUGAUCCCACCCCGCCUUUCAAAGGCAGACAGAACGCAUCUACAAACGAUGCGAACCCACGCCGCCAUGGAAGGUCCGUGUCGGACUUUCGACACUCCGUGCAAGAUAGGCUAGUCACAAAAAUACUGCAACAGGUCGUUCCUGUGGAAAGCGUGCAAGAUGAGUCGGUCUCCGUGGGUGCGAAGAACGUCCCUUCAGACACCAAGCGACCAGCCUUUAGUCUUCCUGUGAUGGGCAAUAAUUUCCGGCGAUUCAAUGCAAGGAUUGGAAUUGUUUUCAACUUCCAGAACCAGGCUGAGCAACUAUUCAGUUGGAAGCAACCGUCUCAUACUUUCUCGUUUCUGUUUGUCUACUCUUUUAUAUGCCUAGAUCCUCACCUUCUAGUCGUGCUUCCCAUUGCGACUUUACUUCUAUUCGUCAUGGUCCCAACUUUCCUUGCGCGCCAUCCUCCGCCACCGUCAACCUCGACCUCAAGUAUAACUCCUUAUUACUCGUAUCAGGGACCGGCCCUGGGGCCGCCGAAAACAAUCAAGCCAGUGCCGGAAACUUCCAAAGACUUCUUUCGCAACAUGCGGGAUCUGCAAAACUGCAUGGCUGAUUUCUCUGACUUGCACGAUUCUGCCGUUUCUGCACUCGCUCCGUUGACGAACUUCUCAAACGAAAGACUGUCUUCUGCUGUGUUUCUCGCGUGCACAAUCCUUACUGCGGUGCUAUUCCUGACCUCCCAUCUCGUUCCCUGGAGGUAUAUCCUGCUUUUUGGUGGGAAUGCCGCAAUUCUGUCAAGUCAUCCCCAUAUCCAAGGAUUUAUUCAAGACAUCACCAAGGAACUGGGCACUGAAGACAAAAAUCCAGUGCCUCCGGCAACUUCGGCUACACCUCAGAUGCCUUUAAUGCAGCUAUUAGGCGACAUAUCGCUGGACUCGUUCCCCGAGGAGCGUGAAGUGGAAAUUUUCGAGAUCCAAUACCGCUCGCUCGCUCCCUACGCUGAACAAGACUGGGAAACAUUUCUCUUCAGUCGCGUGCCAUACGACCCACUAUCGCCGUCCCGUAUUGCCGGUGAUCGACCCAAGGGCUGUCGCUUCUUCGAAGAUGUCCAGCCUCCCGUCGGGUGGGCCUGGAAAAGCAAGAAAUGGGAACUAGAUCUCGACUGCCGAGAAUGGGUCGUUGAGCGCAUGAUCACCGGCGUUGGUUUCGAAGUACCCGGUGGUCCUUCGGAAAGUGGUGCCGGCACUGAUGAAAUUGGAGGCUGGGUCUGGGACCUGCCCCCAGCAUCCUUAGCCAGAGCCGACGAUGACGUGGUAUCGGCACUAGGUUACGAGACGUACGGCCAACAGGUUUCCGGUGAGAAAAAAAAGGGAAAGAAGAAGGGGAAAGAGAAGGCGUUUCAAGACUACGAAGAGAAGGGGAAUUCCGGAUCUAAUGUCAUGGGCGAGUGGAGGCGAAGGCGCUGGGUUCGGAUCGUUCACCGAGUCAGUAUGCCAGCUGAGAAGUCGUAG